AGGGCGAAGUUACUUUACGUCAUUGGCGCUCGCUCGGGACUGGAGUCGCGGAGUGAUCACGUAAGGUCCAAAACUUGGGACUGUCAGUCAGAGCUCCGCCAGGUCCCCGGCGAGGGGCCCGCGGGGGCCGGCUGGGCUAUGGCGGCCGUGUUUGAUCUAGACCUGGAGACCGAGGAAGGCAGCGAGGCGGAGGGCGAGCCAGAGUUCAGCCCUGCGGACGUGUGUCCCCUCGCCGAGUUGAGGACUGCUGGUUUGGAGCCUAUGGGACACUAUGAGGAGGUGGAGCUGACAGAGAGCAGCGUGAACCUGGGUCCUGAGCGCAUUGGGCCCCACUGCUUUGAACUCCUGAGUGUGCUUGGCAAGGGGGGCUAUGGCAAGGUGUUCCAGGUGCGAAAGGUGCAAGGCACCAACUUGGGCAGAAUAUAUGCCAUGAAAGUUCUGAGGAAGGCCAAGAUUGUGCGCAAUGCCAAGGACACAGCACACACCCGGGCUGAGCGGAACAUUCUAGAAUCUGUGAAGCAUCCCUUCAUUGUAGAACUGGCCUAUGCUUUCCAGACAGGUGGCAAACUCUACCUCAUCCUGGAGUGCCUCAGUGGUGGCGAACUCUUCACGCAUCUGGAGCGAGAAGGCAUCUUCCUGGAAGACACAGCCUGCUUCUACCUGGGCGAGAUCACACUGGCCCUGGGCCAUCUCCAUUCCCAAGGCAUCAUCUACAGGGACCUCAAGCCAGAGAACAUCAUGCUCAACAGCCAGGGCCAUAUCAAACUGACAGACUUUGGACUCUGCAAAGAGUCCAUCCAUGAAGGCGCUGUCACUCACACCUUCUGUGGCACUAUUGAGUACAUGGCCCCUGAGAUUCUGGUGCACAGUGGCCACAACCGGGCAGUGGACUGGUGGAGCCUGGGGGCCCUGAUGUACGACAUGCUCACUGGAUCGCCGCCCUUCACCGCAGAGAAUCGGAAGAAAACCAUGGAUAAGAUCAUCAAAGGAAAGCUGGUGCUGCCCCCCUACCUCACCCCAGAUGCCCGGGACCUUGCCAAAAAGUUUCUGAAGCGGAAUCCCAUCCAGCGGAUUGGGGGUGGUCCAGGAGAUGCUGCUGAGGUACAGAAGCACCCCUUUUUCCGGCACAUCAACUGGGAUGACCUCCUGGCCCGCCGCGUGGACCCUCCCUUCAGGCCAAGCCUGCAGUCAGAAGAGGACGUGAGCCAGUUUGACGCCCGCUUCACACGGCAGACUCCAGUGGACAGUCCAGAUGACACAGCCCUCAGUGAGAGUGCCAACCAAGCCUUCCUGGGCUUCACAUAUGUGGCACCCUCUGUCCUGGACAGCAUCAAGGAGGGUUUCUCCUUCCAGCCUAAGCUGCGCUCACCCAGGCGUCUCAACAGCAGUCCCCGCACCCCUAUCAGCCCCCUCAAGUUCUCUCCCUUUGAGGGGUUCCGGCCCAGCCCUGGCCCACCAGAGCCCAUGGAGCCACCUCUACCUCCACUUCUGCCGCCACCAUCACCACCACCACCCACAAGCACUGCCCCCCUUCCCAUCCGUCCCCCCUCAGGGAUCAAGAAAUCCAAGAAGAGCCGAGGACGCCCAGGCCGCUAGGAGGAUGUGGGGAGGAGGGCAGCACCCAGGACCCUCUCCCUAUAGGCUGUGAGAACCCCCUCUGCGGGGGUGGGUGGGUGGCUGAGUCCCAGAAUCAUGGAGGAUUGCAGGCUGCAAGUAUGGCAGGCAUUCCCAAUGCCCACCCCAUCAGGAGAGGCUCAGCCUUCAGCUUGUACCCCUGCAGAAUUAAAGAACUGAGUCUCGA